AUGCAAACCCAGAGUGUCUCCUUCCCAGGCUUUGCAAGCCAGCAAUCAGGACAUCAAGAACAGAAUCAAGAAGUCAAUGUGACGAAACGCUCGUUCAAAGCCUACCUCGGUGCCUUCGCUUCGGUCGGACGCCUCAGCAGUCAUACCGGGGGCCUAGAACGCCGACGACCUUUAAUCGAGCCGCAUCCGAAGAAGAAGAAGAAGAAGAAGAAGAAGAAGAAGAAGAAGAAGAAGAAGCGAAAGAUGUUGUCCUACUGGCAGAACCACGAAGAGCCCGAUGGUGGCAAUCUUAUUCCGGAGUUUGGUUCAACGAAUUUGUUUUCUUUGUUUCACCUUACUGGUCGACAGAGGAAGGAGAGGCCUACAGCAGAUGUCGAGAGAUGUGGAGACGCCGGAGCCCAGCUUCAGCACCGUUGCAAUACCAGGACAACCGUGAAUAGCAGCAUCAAUAGCGCCGGUAGACGCAUCAAACGCUUCCAGUUUCUUCGACAUCGUCUAGAUAAGCAGAGGAUCUUGCUCGACAGCGCAGUCAAAAUAAACCUACGGAGAGCCCUGGAUGAUUCAGACUACGGGAUCGAUGGAGGAACAGAACGUUGCAGCAUUUCCCAGUUUGAGGCCGAGGACUAUCACUGCACGUGGUCAAGAAAGUUGGGCAUGAUUAAAGCAGUAGAGGCAGAUGCAGACACCUUCUUCGAGCUCUUAAACAGGAAGACAAGAUCCCCCUUUGAUCCCGGUCUGGUUUUCCUCAAGCCACCACCACUGUCAACCCAAGUGAAUGGGGAAAGUGAGCAGUCAGCAGCAGAGGUUUCAACCUCCAACUCCAACAUGGAAAUCUUCUUUUAG